UAGGCCCAUUUUAGUAAGAUAACUAGUUGUAGGUUAAGGAGAAACAUUUGUUGGUGGUGAAGAGCUCCUCGGUGCGUUCCUCCCUUUAGGGCUGCUUCUUCCGCAAGUUCGGAGAAGUUAAAUGGAUCUGCUAUAAUCCUGAAGAACUCAUUGCUGGAGCAAUUUGCAUGAUUGUGAAAUCCGCGCUGAUACUGUUGAUUUAUCAGUGGAUUACAUUCUACGGCACGUUACGGCAAAGAAAUUAAGCUGUGCCAAAUUAUGCGGGUCGUUACCGCAAACAGUUUAGUAGCCUCUGCCAAUGGAGGAGCUUGUGGAGUGACUCCUAUGUUGAGAAAUGAUUUGAGGUUUUUCAAUAAGAUCCAUGCGAGUUCUGGAAUUGACGGACCGUUAUUUUGGCACCGCUGCAUGCCGAAUGUGUACUUGAGAAACGGAAAUAGAGAAAGGCGAAUGGCCUCGGCAGUAAAAGCUAAAUGGCUAUUUGGGGGAGAUGACAAGGACAUGGAUGCAAGUAUAGAGCGCAGCGAGGCUGCUAAUGAGGACAUUCUAAUAUUCUUUUUUCAGUUGGACUUGGAGACUCGAAUACAGUAUGCUCUGAAUUUGGAACAGUAUGAAGCAGCAAAGCAGUUAAGAGACAAACUUGCUGAGGUUGAAACGGAGAUAAUUAAGCAACAGGAAUCUAAGAGAGGUUCAUCAAAGAGCGAGGCCCAGGAUAAAGCAAUUAACAUUUUACGUCUACGUGCAGACAUGCAGAAAGCUAUUGAGAAUGAAAAUUACACUCUUGCUGCCGAUCUGCGUGAUGAAAUCUAUAAACUCGAAGCCGACUCUUUGGUUGCAUCAGCAAAAGCUCUUGCAUAUGAAAAUGUACAGUAUGCAUUUCGACUGGGGCAAAAAGUACAUCAUAAGGUGUUUGGAUAUCAAGGUGUAAUUUGUGGCAUGGAUCCUGUGUGCUGUGAAUCUAGUUCAUGGAUGGAGUUAGCUAAAGUUGGUAGGUUACUUCAAGGACCUAAUCAGCCUUUUUAUCAGGUUUUGGUUGAUGUUCAUGCAGACCCAAACCUCCUUGUAGCAUAUGUUCCCGAGGAAAGUCUUUUAGCAAGUGAAGAACGAGAGAUGGACAGAUUUGAUCACCCGUAUGUUUCGUUCCUGUUUUACGGAAUGGAUACAGCAGGAGAUUUCAUCCCUAUCAAGCAACUUCGUGAGAAAUACAACAGGCCACGAUACGAAGCUCCGUUCGAGCAAAAUGAUGAGGACGGAAAUGAAAAAAAUUAAGAAAUGUUUUUGGUUUCUGUGUAGCCAGUAGAAACUAUGCGACUGCGAUUGAGCAUCAUUGCACAAAUUUUGUUUUACAGGUUUUGAGGAAAUCAUCUGUUAUGAUUAAUAUCAGCUCAGGAAUCAGGAAGUGAAAAGACUUUCGAGUUAAAGCAAAGCGAAGUGCAAGAGACUAGUUUUUUGGUUGGUUUUAUGUAUAUAAUCUGCUACAAGCACAGCUGAAUAGAGGAAGUUUGUAAUGUGAUUGCUUGUUCAUCGGAAAUCGACCUUUUUGAAUCUUUGUACUUUAGUUUCUGUAGACUUUUCUUUAGGAAGAAGCAGGUUCACUUUUAACGAUAAAA